CCCAGAUGAUCUGAUCCUUUGUGAACUAACUUCCAAGAAAAAAAAAUAACCACCUUCUUCUUUCUACAGUUUGCUUGCUUUAAUUGAUGGCUUGCUCCCACACAGAAAACCUAAAUUUUAAUGCUGAUAUUGCUCCUUUCUAAAUCUUCUGGUACGUGGAAGGGCAAAAGUCUGUCUUCAUUGAAUCCUUGCUGGGAGAGGUUACAAGCAGGUCACGGGGAGGUGGAAGAGACUUGGAAGCACUGUGAGAAGGUGAAAGGAAAUACCCAGCUUUGCCUUUUUUAAGCCCAUUUGAGGGAAACGAAGCUUCUUCCCUUAUGGAUGGAGGUAGUGGAGGUGAUAUGUUCAGCCUAAGCCCGGGGUGGUAACUGGCAGGCGCCUCCUGCAGCGCCCUUUCAUUUCUGCCUUACAUUGGACCCUACAUCCUACUUCAUCAGCGGUGACGGCAGAACCCGAGCGUGAAAGAUGGUCGUCGUAAGGAGGAGGAACGUGAAAGUGUUUACCUUCGCCUUUUUGCUCAUCACAGUAACGUCAUUUCUGCUGAACUACACGCACCAGGUGACCAUGACCACCUGGGAUCUGAGACAUCUCAUCAUGCAGUUUUCAGAGCAAGUCCAAAAACUCUUCAAGUACCCCAGGAGACCGUGCAGCUGUCACACAUGCAUUUCUGAGCUGGGACAUUCCCUCUGGUUUGAUCAGAGAUUUAAUUCAACUAUGCAACCUUUCCUGACCUCAAAAAAUGCCUUGAUCCCAGAAGACAGCUACAGGUGGUGGCUGAAAUUGCAAGGAGAGAAAACUCCGAAGAAUAUUAAUGCUACUCUCAGUGAAUUGUUUGGGAUCAUUCCCGGGGAUGGGGAUCCACUGCAGGAGCGAGGCACUUACAUGUGCAGACGGUGCGCCGUCGUGGGCAACUCUGGGAACCUUCUGCAGUCUCGGUAUGGCCAAGAUAUUGACUCCCAUGACUUUGUGCUCAGAAUGAACCGUGCUCCCACUACUGGCUACGAAUCAGAUGUUGGGAGCAAGACCACUCACCACUUCAUUUACCCCGAGAGCUACAAAGAACUGGAAGAAAACGUGAGCAUGAUCCUGAUCCCCUUCAAAACUCUGGACCUGCGCUGGGUUGUGACCGCUCUCACCACAGGCACAAUCAACUUCACAUAUAUUCCAGUUCCACGGAAAAUCAAAGUCAAAAAAGAAAAGAUCCUGGUUUAUAAUCCAGCUUUUAUGAAAUACGUCUAUGAAAACUGGCUCCAGCAUCAUGGGAGAUACCCCUCCACAGGCCUUCUGUCUUUGAUAUUUGCACUCCACGUAUGCGAUGAGGUGAAUGUGUAUGGUUUUGGAGCAGACAGCAAAGGACACUGGCAUCAUUACUGGGAAAACAACGCUUCAGCUGGGGCUUUCCGGAAGACAGGCGUCCAUGAUGGGGAUUUUGAGUUCAAUGUAACUUUGACUCUUGCUUCCAUUGAAAAAAUAAAUUUUUUCAAGGGCAGAUGACCCUUGCCGUGGGGAGAAGUGGGGGCUGCAAUUUCCAACAUGCAGCAGAACAAAACUCGGUGAAGAUGAUCUGGGCACCCAGCAGGUUUGAAUGCGUGAACCUGCAGUGGAUUUGGAGCGUCUCACUGCUGCAAUGCUCACCACAGGGAGCUCGGCUGAGGACCGGCUUCCACGCUGCAUGUGAUUUCCUAUCUACAGAUAGCUGGCGACUACCAAUCAGUUGUGGGAACAAAUGAAUCUCUGCUUAGGCUUUACGGCUUGAUUCUUGAAUUACUGAUGAAAGAUCUGCCUGUUGCAAUUAGGGGAAACCUGGGCACAGGAACUGCUGUU